ACGUUUGAGCCAACUGUUUGACAGAUGAUGCUAUAUAUUGCACCAACCAAACAAAAGUAAGGAAUCUUCGAACAUUAAAAUGCAAGCGCAUAGCAUUUGAACGAAGCAGCUGAUGUUAACGGUUGUUCGAACAGUGAAGCCCAUUAAAUUUGUGCAUUUUGUGAAUCAAUAAAUAGAAUUUAGCGUAUGAACGUGUAAUUCACACCGAUUUUCAGUUAGAUUUUGGUAGAAUUGUUGGGUGUGGAUACACAAUCAUGGAAUUUUCAUUCAAGCUACCGCGAAACAAUAAGGAGCUGCUUGAGGAUGAGGAUGGUUCAAAUUACUUUGUGAAACAAGUUUAUAAUGCCAACGAAAUACCGACGCAUCUUCGAGCUGCUCAUCAAGCACUUCAACAAAGCGAUGCUUUCUACAUGUUUGACCAUUUCGAUACAUUUUUCUCGGUGAUUGAAAAUGUACAACAGCUGCAGAUCAGUAAUCUGGUUCGUGCCGUCGAUCUGCUGUAUCGUACCACCGAAAGUCUUGGCCAAAUGCUUGAUACCUAUUUGAAACAAGAGCAAUUGGAUCGACAAAAUGAUUUUCUCAAUCUCAUCAAAAUGGUCAUGUAUCCGCUGGUGAGCACCGUUCGAGUGGUUGAUGUGUUUGUGAAAAACCAUAUGACACAGCCCAAUACAGCAGGCGGUCGAAAGAAUAAGAAAAACACCGAUGAUUCGUUGCCACAUUUCAUCAACUAUGAAGCGAAACGAUACGAUAUUCUCAUUCAAGUUUGUAACAUCAUGCAGUUGCCGAUUGAAAAACUGUGGAACAUGUCAAUUAUUGAUCAGGAUUUUGUCAAUUUACUGUGUGGAUUGGCCUAUCGAUCACUGACGCAUCCAUCGACGAAAGAGAAACGGGUCAAUGAUGCAGUAUUUCAAAUUCUUGGCACCGCUAUCAAACAGUACAGUCAUGGUAUUGCUUUUCCCGUGCAAAUUGUCGAGAUAAUGGAUCGCGAAGAAUCGGCUGUUGUGCCCAUCGCUCGUGGUGUCCGGUAUUUGAACGAUGAAUUUGGUAUCACAUCGGUGUUGAGCAAUCUGCUGAAGGAACUAAUCGACAAAGUGAAUGUGAAUCCAGCGUCACAGACCACAUCGAAGCAUUUAAGCAUGUUCAUCACGGAAAUUGGUGAAAAUUCACCAGAACUGUCAGUACAAUGCUUGGAAAUGGCACAAGAUCUACUGAAUUUGGAGCCAUAUGCGGUUCGAAACAGUUUAUUUGGCGUCAUGAAUAUCGUCAUUAUAAAUCAUCUAAGCGGCGAAGAUUUAAAUGAUGAGCAAAAGCAACUCCGUGAUGAAUGUUUAGAAGAUCUAUGGAAUCAUAUGAACGACAUAAGCAGUUACGUACGAUCCAAAGUCCUUCACAUUUGGAAUGAGUUGAAAACCAGAGAUGCUGUCCCAUUGGCUUGGAUACUUCGUAUCGUCAAAAGGGCCAUUGAACGUCUUGACGACAAAACGGCGACCGUACGCAAGAAUGCAAUCACUUUGCUGCGAUCAUUUUUGGAAUCGAAUCCAUUUUCUGCAAAGCUCCCACUAGAAGAAGUGGAAGAUAAAUUGAACCGAGAAACCGAAAAAUCUCGCAUAAUCCGUGAAAAACAAAUAGAACAAGAACGAACGCAGCAGGAAGUGAUCGCCGACUUCCGAGAUCGUUGCGUACCAGCUCUCGAGCCACUGUUGAAGGAAAUUUUGGACGAAGAACAGAAUCGAAUUGAUGAUGUGCCGACAAAUGGUAUUGACACCGAUGAAACGUCCGAGCAACGUGUGCAAAAAAUUCGAGAUUUACUUAAGCGCGGCGAAUUUGAAACGGUAGCCCGCUAUAUCUUUGUGUUGGAUGAAUGCAACAAGGAAACCCGAAAUCAAUUGCCGAUCCAAGAACAAAUUUUGUACUUUAGCGUGUUGCUGAAUUCAUACCUGUUCGAUGAUUUUCAAAGCGAACUGGAAAAACAGGAUGGCAUCAUCGGUUUUUUACAAGAUGCACUGGAAUUUUCAAAAGCAAUGGCUGGAUCAGUGCCAAAGCUAGAGGAAAUGCUGAUGUCCAACACCAACUCAGAUGUUCUGGAAGCCAUUGAAUUUUUCAAAACUGGCUAUUUGUUCAAUAUCAAGGGUACAGAGGUUGGAAUGAGAUUUAUGCUUCGAUUGCUCUACGUCAAUCCUCAGGGUCAGGAGAAAAAUGAAAAGGGUGAAGCUGUCAUUAAAGCAUAUCAUACGGUUCUGUUUGGUACGGACGCCACUGGAAGAGCACAUCAUCUGAAAGUUGUUGACAAUCUGUACAAUUUCCUUCAACACAUCUCGACUGGAGAGUACACGGCAUUCGAAUUGAUGAUCAAGCACUGGGUGCUUUCAGAUGAGAUCAACAUAAAUAUCAUCAAUGUAAUGUUUGAAAGAUUCACACUGAAACUGCCAGAGACUUCGAAUAACUAUGCCAGAUGCUGUAUGGAACUGUUGAUAUUGGUCUCAAAUGCCAAGCCUGCAGUUGCUCACAACAACAAGAAGCUAAUCAUCGACAUUAUAAACAGUCAACGAGUUGUACAGGAUCCUCGUAUUUUUGCCGGUUGUCUGCAGUUGCUAAUGAACAGCAUUCAGCCAACGUUGGAAAAUGGCGAAAAAACACAUAAACUCGGCGCCUACUAUAAACGCUUCGACGACAAAGAAGUGGUCAUUGACAGUAUAAUCAGUAGUUUCGAAAAAUUCUUCUUCUACCCCAAACUGCCCGACUUCGAACUGAUCACAUCGCAAACCAUCAACUUUUUGUACAAAAUGUGUUCGGCUCCGGACUUGUUGUGCCAAGGCAUAAUUCAUGAUGUGUGCAAGAAAUUGAAUGAAAUAUCACAACGGCGAUCCGAGCAAAUGAUGGAUGUUUCAGAGAAUGGUGUCGAAUCAUCACAAGUGACCGAAAUGUACAUUCCAAAUUACUUGUUGCCACGUAUCAUAUUCAUUUUUGGUUACAUUGCGGAAAAAGAGUUGGUCUAUUUGGACAAUGAUAUCUAUUUGAAUAUAAAAUAUCGCGAGGAAUUAAAGAAGGAAAAAAACGAGCAACGAAAUACGCCCAACAAGAGAAAAACCAUGAACUUGAAUGCAUCGGCCAGUGAGAGUCUAAAACGAUUGUCCACCGUAAAUACAUCGAACGAACCACAAGAGCAAGAUGAAGCGUAUAUGGGUGCAACGGCUGAAGAUACACUGGCUGAAAUUAUCAAUAAUAUUUGUGAAAAUCAGUUGAUUGGAUCGGCCGAUUGUUUACUUUAUCAUUUCCUUCCAAUUUUAAUCGAAAUCCUAAGCCAACCUGCUAAAUAUCCAAAUGCAUACGUUCAACGUGCUUCCGUUCUUACUUUGAUGCGAUUCAUGGUUGUGUCAGCCAAUCUGUGUGCCGAACGAAUCGCAUUCCUGAUGAAUAUCCUGAAGAAAACCAGAGACGCAUCGAUGAAGUGCAACAUAGUUGUCGGUUUGGCUGAUUUGACGGGCCGAUUUGCAAACACAAUCGAACCAUGGAUUCCAAAUUUCUAUACAACGCUACUCGAAACCGACGACACCGUACGAUUGACUACAUUGAAAAUGUUGUCGUAUGUGAUUUUGCAGGGAAUCAUUCGAGUGACGGGUCAAAUUGCCGAUAUAGCCACUUGCAUUGUUGACGAUAAUGCGGAAAUUCAAUGCGCCGCCAAGGAAUUCUUCCGGCGAUUGGUCGAAAGUAAAGAUCAAGAGUAUUAUAAAAUCAUGCCCGAUAUUGUGUCACGGUUGAGUCCAAACGAUUUACCGCUUGCUGAAGAUAAAUUCCGUGCCUCCAUGAAAUACUUGCUGGAACUGAUCCAAAAGGAUCGACAAGUGGAGAGUCUGGUGGAGAAACUGUGUGGACGAUUCCGAAAUACAAACACCGAACGUCAAUGGCGUGACAUUGCCUAUUGUUUAUCACUGUUGAAUCAUUCAGAGAAAACAAUGCGAAAACUCAUCGAUCACCUACCAAACUAUAGAGAUAAGGUUCAAUACGAUGAAAUCUAUGACUGCUUCAAGACCAUCAUUUCGAAUGCCAACAAGCAGAUUUCGAAACCAGAACUGAAAAAUCUAGCUAAAGAUCUAGAUACCAAAUUGACCGCAUGCCUGCAAGUGAAUGAAAAUGGCAAUGUAACCGUCGCUAACGGUGAGGUUAAUGGUGGACAGGAUGGUGAUGAUGUUCCAAUGCCAUCGGCCAGUCAACCUACUAAAAAAGAUAAGAAGAAGGCUACGACAAAAGCGGCUAAACAAAAGAAUAAAAUAAAUCGUUUUGCUCGCGCCGCCUUGAGCUCAGACGAUGACGAUGAAGAUGAUGAUUUUGCGGAAAAUUCACCACCACCAAAAGGUAAAGGCAGAGGCAAAAAUCAAGCCGUCGCUUUGGAUUCAUCAACAGCAUCGACUCGCAGUGUACGUGGUGGAAGAGGGCGAGCACAAGCAGCCAGUCAAAGUAGCGAAGACAGCGACGAUGAACCACCAGCACAAACUCCAAAAGGACGACGGGGUCGAAGAUAAACGCAUUUUUCUACACAGCACAUUUCACUCAGAUUGUUUAAUGUUUACAUUUAAUGGAAGUGUUUGUUUGAUCAUUUUCUCAUCAGAAAGUACAAUAAGCGGAAUAGCAUGAAAUAAAUUAAGUUUUGAAUAAGAAAAA